GAGUACGAGUCCGGACAAGCGAUCAAUAUAUGACGUGAUCAGGCUCGGUAGAUUUUUCGCUAAUUUUCAUUCAAUCCCCCUAUUACCGAUCGCUACAGUACACGAUCGCGGCGAGGCACCUCUGACAGGUGACGAUGAUGAUUGUGCGAGUAUUUGACGUGCGAGAGUUGGUGCUAAAUUUAGAUCAUUACGUACGUCGCUCAGCAAGACGAAACAAGUUUGCACGGUACACACGAUCGACCUUUUUGGCCGUUGAUUGGUUUGCCUCGGGACAUUUCGAGCCUUAAGGCUCCAUCGGGGCAAACAGAACGCCCUCCCGUGGGUACAGCAGUUCCGAUUGGUGGCGAGUACCCACCGGUACGGACCAAUCGAGUGCCCCAGCUAGGAAUCUAAGAUAUGGUCAACGCACACACGAAAAGACAUGCCGGCGCGCCUCUGCAUCUCUCGGUGCAACAAAGUAGGCUGUUCCAGGAAUCUUAUCAGCCCCAAACCCACACAUGUUUCGGGUGUCAUAUACAAUCGGUCAUUUAUUUAAUAGAUCCCAGCGGGUAAAGAAAACCAUGGCAACAUUUGGCAUGAUACCGAUCGGUGUCCAGCACCGCUAGGUACCCACCAGAACGGCCGGGUGAUAACGGGAUACAUGGGCAAGAUAUGGUUGAUGAGAUGUUUUGAUUAGUGGACACGCUGGCCUGGUGCGCUAUAAAAGGCGCCAGCACGCCGAGUGGGUAAACCUAAAAACAGUUCAGAAGAGGCCACUGCGGCAUCUCAAGGCGGCACCACCAGCGACGAUGUCUAAGCGAACGGGAGAGAGCAGCGCCAUGAUGGAACAGUUGGCGCGCGUAGCUGAGCAGCUGCUGAGUGAGAUACUAAAGCAGGUGGGGAUACUACCGUCAGUCAGGCUAGAACUCUACGCCAACUAUACAACCGUGCCACCGUCUUUAUGAGCUUUAUCCUCAGUCUCCAGUGAAGCGUGUAGACCUUGAGAACCGCUCCACAACUAGAACCAGCGUGUGGUGAUCCCAGUUUUGCGAAUACUAAUGAAACGUGUAGCUCAUACUGCUGGCCUUCAAGCUUUGGCAGCUCUCAAGAGAUGACGCAGGCACCGCAUAGACCGCUAGACAACAACCAACUGUCAACACACAUACACACGUAAACAAACAACGCCGAAAGCUCUGAGCCACGUUCGUUGCGAAAAACGAUUGAGCCGAUGUUUGCAAGCUCGCGACUAGCCAUCGUUUGAAGCAGUGAGACACCCAGGAUGGGGUUGCUUCUGUGUGUCGCUGGCUGUACGAUCAGUGCAUGAGAACAAGACGCACCAUUCAGAAGCUGGUUGAGCAGUGAGAAAAAAACGUGACAUAGGGAGGCAUAGAGCAGGAAAUGGCAUUACGCGAAACGAUGGCGUAGUAGAAUGUUUGCCUCUCUACCUAGUACUCGUAGCUUUUUAUUGGCUUGCGUUGCGAUCGUUUGUGCCUGCUGACGUUCCCACCGACGUCAACGAUGCCGUAUAGCCCGGCUCUAGUCAUGCCAGUGGAAACAGUGGAACCUCCGCCUGUGAAGCCGGGGAGGUGAAGGAAUUCGCGAAACACUCCGCUUAUGUGUUGGUGUAUGGCGGGGAUGGGUUUUGUAGGAUCUCAGCGAUCGCCACCGGCACGUUGUUGCUACACCUUGUUCUAGGUCUAGCAGCGUGUGUCAGUCUGUGAUAUGUUUCGGAAGACUCGAUACACGCUAACCCCGGGGCGCGCGUGUGUAUCGUCUGUGAUCUAGUUUCUAACGCCCCAGACCGUGCCGGCCGGUAACUAUACGUCGGACGUGUACGCAUCGUACGCGGAACUGUUUGACCUGUCGGUACUCCCGAACGACGGUGAGGUCCCACUGAGUCCCCAGUCGCAGCAGCAGCAGCAGCAGCAGCACGCUUACGGCGGUCCAGCCCAAAGCCCGGAGUACAUACCGGCCACGAUCUUUCACGACGUGCCGACCGGCGGUGGGCCGAUGCAGCCGAUGAAACAGGAGCAGCCCUGCACGUCGACGCCCUGGUCGGACAGUUGGAGCAGCAGCGGUUACAGUAGCUGCGGCAGCGUCAUCAGCAGCAAUCCCGCCUCACCGGAAUCAACCGCAUCGUCCUACGGGUUGCUGGACCAUCCGCACCAGCAACCACUGCCCACCCACCGUACCCUGUCGCCCGUGUACAACGGCGGUCUGCUGGAUCGGCCCAUCAAAACCGAGUACGAUUCGGGCACGGAAACGAGCAUCGAUCUCGACUCGCUGCUCGGUGACUCAUCGCCGUACCAUCCGUCGCAAGCGCCACCGUCACCGGCCUACGUGAAGCUCGAGCCAAACUACAGCUGUGGACAGCUUGAGCAGCCCGAUAUCAAACCGCAGGGCGGGUUCCAGAUACUGCGGGAACAUCUGCAGGACACCAGCUUCCAGCGCCGGCAUAAUUUGAAACCUUUAGAGCUGGAUUCGCUGAUCGGAGGGCUGACGACCCAUGUCGACAUCGGGCCGGUGUUUGAGUUCGCACUGCAGGAGAUGAAGAACGGUGUGCAGUCGACCUGCACCGAGCUGGGCAUCUCCUCCGAUCCCAAACAGUGGACAACGGCCAAGGUCCAUCAGUGGUUGGAGCUAGCGAUGGGCAAAUACUUCCUGCCCCGGCUAGACAACCUACCGGCCCUGUUCCCGGAAAAUGGAGCCCAACUGGCAGCACUGCCGCUGGAAGAGUUUGUGCGCCGUAUACCGCAGGGUGGCGAUAAGCUGCACGGAUAUCUGGAACUUUGGAAACAGAUCCACCGGCUGAUGGUAGGCGAUAAUGCGACCGUCGACAGUAUGGUCACCGAGAGUCUUACCACCGGUGGUGUCAUCUCAACGAUGGGAUGCACUAACAGCAGCUUUGCGGGAGGAUUGCCCACGGACAGUGUGCUCGGUGGGGUGUUGGUGUCCAGCAGUGCCAGCAGUGUCACACCCGGCCCCAGCACAAGCCCUCCGAUGGUGGAGAACUUUGACAGCGACUCCAUGAACGGUGACAUCAGUGAUGAUGACGAUGAAGAUAUGCCCCUGGAAAGCCCCGGUAGCUCAUCCUCUGCUGGAGGUGGUGCGUCCACAAGCACCACCGCCGCCACCACCGGUGGCCCAGCACCGAAAGCACGCCACGGUGGCUCCCACAUCCAUCUGUGGCAGUUUCUGAAGGAGCUGUUGGCCUGUCCGGAGCAGCACCAGAACGCGAUCCGUUGGAUCGACCGGUCGAAGGGUGUGUUUAAGAUCGAGGAUUCGGUGCGCGUUGCCCGAUUGUGGGGCCGUCGCAAGAACCGGCCCGCCAUGAACUACGACAAACUGUCGCGCUCGAUACGGCAGUACUACAAGAAGGGUAUCAUGCAGAAAACGGAACGUUCGCAGCGGCUCGUCUACCAGUUCUGCAGUCCUUACGCACUGUAAGGACGCUACCCCCCAACCUUCCCCAACCUAGUUAAGAUACUAUUUAUUACGUAUAAUUUAUUUGUCACUAGAGCGAGCGCCCAGCGCUCCAGUAAGACAUGAAGUCCACCUUUACCACAGGUAGCGCGAACGCACCCCGGACAUGAUUGCUUUGUACACUGUGGCGUUACCACAGCGUAACCUGUUUGCCAACUCCACUUGUCUAAACCUUUUUUUUUGCUAACGGCACCAGAUAAGUUAGGUUAGAAUGGCACAAAUCUCUACCCCCCCCCAGUCCACACACCCAGUCCUGUGCAAAGUGUAAUCACUCUUUUGUAUUAUCACACCACAUGGUCAUGAAUCGUUCCGAUGUGGGCGCGUGUGUCCAGACGACUGGACCCGGACUAUAUCCCUUUCUUUGGGUAGUAUUAACCCGAACCCGGAUUAUCCGGCAGUCGGCACACGCACACGCGGAUGACAUGAGAUAAUAUUCUUUAAAAAUGAUGUGAUUACUUACCGCUUCAUCGCUGGGUCGGCGCUGAGAAUGGCCAGCGCGAGAGCACCGAUCAUCACCAACAUCCAGCGGUCGCUACUUCGACUGAAGUUAAGCGAUCGAUCGAUCGGGUUGCAGUCUCUCGUAAAGCAAAAGAAAAAAACACAUACACACAAAACACGCAACUUCUGCUGUUCUUGCUGCUCUCGUCGGCAUUGAAUCCGAUCGAUGCAGGAAGAGCCAGAGUGGCGGACAGUUCGCGGACAUGUCCUGCUGUGUCGUGCACCGCUUGCUCACCUAGAAUGUCCCGGAUGGAACGAUGAGCCGGAACAAGGUAUUCCGACUCCGCUCCCGACCGCGACUCUGGGAUGAUGACGCGAGCGGGCACCCGAUGGCACACAAGCUGUCCCACCUAAUCGUUUACUUUUUAACGUAUUGCUUACCGUUCUGCGGCGUGCUGGUUUCCGGGCGCACCGGGUAUUACGGGCGCCUGGCCGCAAUGGCAGAAUCGGUAAUUUCGGUCCCAUAUAUCUAUGAUAUAUUUUUACCGUAAGUUCUAUGAACAUUACAUGCUUAGGUGUUAGGCAAAACACGAUCGUUAACUAGGUAUAGACAGAACCCGUACGGUAGGUUAAGGGCCCCUUAGCGUAAGAUCAACCAAACCGUGAGGUGUGCGUGAGUAGCGACGCGUAGUCAGUAAGACGUUCUCCCUUUUCUUCUCUUGCCCUCUGCCCUUGAUCUUCGUGUCCAGCUUCACUCUUUACACCUAUCUCACUCACUGCACCGCCAACUGAAUGCUUCUCAUCUCUAUCUCUACAGCAAGUAACAACCAAUGCUGCGGCAUUUUAGACCGUAAGGAAAAAUAAAUGGUUCAACACGCGAACCGAAUUGACGCCUGUGGGCGUCAAACAUUAGGCUAUCGUUGCAAUAUUUGAAAUAACCGGGGCAUAUAUGCGCGUCCCCCGCGAUAUUAAUUUUGCUUGUGUUGUUAAGAAGCGGAAGAGCCAUAGAAGUUGUUUGUUGGAACGACGCAACCGCAUCAACAGUCGUCGAUGAGAAACACAGAGCUCACUUUCUCAUCGUAGACUUUUCAACGGUUAUGGGCGAUCGUCUCGAACAGGAGGGCUUCAAGCAAAGUAACAUUGAAUCUUCACUUAAGUGUGGUAAUGCAUAUUAAGUUAAAAGAAUUUUCGUUGCCUUUAUCGUUAAGAUGGAUACAACCCAUCCACCCCCCCCCCCCACGUAGUGUAGUGACAGUGGUCAUACUUUAAUUAAACGACCUCAAAAGUGGUCUUACUCCCGUGCUAAGGAAUGCUUUCGUCUCACAUAUUUCUACCACCGGUGUCUGGGUAGCUCCGACGAGGAGCAUAGUUGGUAGGCCGUAAGUUUUGUUCUACAAAUAACUUCAUGUGAUUUAAGUGCCUUUUCUUAAUGUAACAAAAAAACUCACACAGAUAAAAAAAAAAACACUCGUAACGUAAUCACAAUAUUUUAUAGAAUCGAUCGAUCGAUUAGGGUUAAAGGUUCGCUGUUAGAAUGCGGUUCUAUUGCUCAUACCACCACGUUAGGAUACCGACGCAACUGCACGCACCAGCAGAUCUGCAAAGCAACUGCAAUUUUUGGUCAUAUAACGGUCGGUUAAGAGGUAGAUGCACUGUAGUAAUAUGUAAUGCGAACAUUUUUUUUAUGGUACAAUAAAGUAGAACUUAACAAAACCAA